AGUUCUUUAUGUUUAACCUAGCAAGCCCGUGCCGCGACGUCAGCCCCUGAGCGAGCUGUAGAGAAGGCUGCCUACAUGGGCAGCAGUUUCAGCGGAGUUUGGGGGUGGGGAGGUGGAGGCAGAAUAUAAACUUGGAGAGUGAAAACGUUUUCUGCACUUUCAAACCCUGGGCACCUAGGAAUGCCUUUGGAACUUCACAGUUGAGGGGCGCACUCAGAUCACCGCCUUGACAGAUAGCCUAGUUGGCUGGGAAGUUGAAUUAAUGUCAGUUGCGCUUUUAGAGCUGCUUCUUUUUGGAAUUUCCUUAAAAGACGUCUGUGGUUCUUUACCAAGGGCUUUGCCAUUCUUUUUACUGCGCACCCAAACCCCUUUGGAGUGGCAUGAUCCACACUGAAUGGGUUGCUGGCUACUGGGAAGGGAAAGGUUGAGAGUCUAGGUCUCAGACUUUUUGUCCUAGGAACUAACCCGAGUGAAACUAGACAGGUGGGGACCACAGGUUACUGAAGAGGUGUCAGCAUCUCUUUGUUGGCAGCUCUACACUGUUGCUGCGGGGUUAGCUGUACUUAAAGAAUCCAGAUAUCUGACUUUUGUGUGAAAUUACCUGACUUUUAUAUAGUAGCAUUUUAUUUUUUAACUGAAACUGCUGAGCAGGCCCAUGCCUAUCACCUGUAGUUACAUAUUUGUACUCUGGAUCUAGAGACCUACCUCAGAUUCUGCAGAGGGGGCAGUAGGGGGACUUUUGCCUCUUCUCCUCCAUAGCCCAUGCUACCUGGUUCAUCCCCAUGGUCAGAGCUGUGCCCCCACUCACAGGCCCUGUCCCUCAGAUAUUGCAUCUCUACCUGGGCCCAAGCUGUGUUGUGCCCCCAGGGAAUGCAGAAAUUUUGAAACCAGAAUCAUGUUCCCAAAAGUAUACAUGGUUAUUUGGCAGGUUUUGCUGCUGGAGGUAGUUUGCAAAAUGUGCUGAGCACCUUGGGAAAGUGACCCACUUUCCCGAGGUUAGGUUUCGCGGCACAGAUGUUGCUUUUCUCUUCAUUUAGUGGAAUUUUGGACUUAGGGCUGAAAGGCAUCUGCAAGACCCAGGCUGGGUUUGUCACUUUUACACAUUAGGAAACUCAGUUGCAGAUUCCAUAGGUGCAAUUUGGCCUGCACUUGGACUUCCCCAUCUCUGUAGACCUCCUCAGCAAAACCAGGCAGAGGACAUGAUUUAAAAUCACAGCAAGCUGGGGCUUCCCUAGUGGCGCUGGGGUUAAAGUCUCGGUGCUAUCAAGCUAUCUCAGCCACUGCGGCCAGGGAGCUGACCCACAUGGCGCAGCAGACCUCUCCUUUCUCACCUGCUGCUCCCCUCAGCAGUGUAUUUCAGUCCAUCCGCCUAUUCUGCUCCCUACUCUGUCUCUGGUGAACCCUCUCACCCCCUCACCUCUGGCCUACACCCCAGUUCUUGUAUGCUUAAAUAAAUCUUAAAAAAAAUAAAAUCACAGCAAACUUCAGAUUUUUUCCCCCUGAACUAGAUGUCUAGUUUGUGGUUUAUUAGGGUUUAGUUUCUUUUUCUUCCUGCCUUUAUUGUCUUUGAUCUCCUUCUCUUGUAACUCUUAUAAGAGAAAUGAGACACAGAGAACCCGGAGGUCAGCUUCUGAACAUCCCAUCUUAGGUUUUAGGCGUUCUUGCCAGUUUUGUGGGCAAUAAGGCUGUUUCUCCUUGCUGUUAUCUUUAGGGAUAAAGAAACUCCUGCAUCAUACAGAUAAGCACUGCUUAUUUCUUAGUUUGCAUGUUAGUUUUUACAUGAUCUAUGCUGUCUGGUGGGUAGGUGCAGAUUUAAAUAAAUCACGUAGUAGCUAAAAUAAGAGCUAAAAUAGUUUUAAAAAUAAAGGUUUUCAAAAGUCUCUGUCAGGGUCCUUCUUCUUACUCAGAGCUGAGGUUGCCCUGUAAGUAUUUAUCUCUGGAAAUGUGAACACUGUGAAACAACAGAUAUUUUGAGAUAUCCUGCGAGUCAUUUUUGUCACAGCUGGUGAACAGUAAUUGUGAGUACAAAUCAGGAACCAGCUUUCGCAGCCAUUGUGCAUUCGGGAUGUGAGUCUUCAAGAGUGCAGUGGGAGAUGCAGCUCACUUCCUGAGCACCUCUGUCGGGUACCUGGACUCUGACCGGCUCGCAGCAUUUCAUGAGGGAGAGAAAAAAUAGUAGGAAAGUGCGACUUAAAACCCCAUGAUAAGCUACUUUAUAAAUCUCACUCUAACUUUUCUUCCUCCCCUUCUUCCUUUCUGCCUUAUUUCUCUUCCUUUCUUUUCCUAGUUCAUGUGAGAGCUGUGGUUGGCUUGCUCAUCUGCUGGGCAGGGUUCACGGGAUGACUUAGGGAACGUUUGAACAAGUCAUAGCUCAGACCAGAUUUAGUUGACUUUUCCUGACACUUGCUCACUGCUCCUGUCUGUAGACCUCUGCACUCUCCCUGCUCUCCCCACCCCUACAUUUGACACUUACGCUCUCCACUUCGUGCCCUUAGUUAGGUUAAUCCAAAGGACUGAGAUGGCCAUUUGACAUAGUUGGUGGCCAGGCCAGACAUGCGUAAGGAAUUGAGAGUGAGAAGUCAUCGAUUGCCCUCUUUCUGCCGGAAGCUGCAGGGGGACGGGGAAGGCGUAAGCAGGGUUUGAAUCUUGGGUCCACAGAUUGGCUGUGUAUGUGGGGGGCUGAGGGCAUGGAUGGAGAAACAUAUUGUGAACACCUGAAAUCGAGGGCAAAAUUUUAUGUAUAUUUAUGUUUUUCUGGUCUAAGAUCUGUGGAUUCUCAAGGAUUGGGAGCAAAUAUUUAGACCAUUGUCCUUGGCUAACGUGCUAUUGUGUGAACUAUUGUGUGAAUAUCCCCACCCACCUCACACCUUAGCAGUGGCUUGGUGGGGUUGGGGAUAAAGGUAGUUGGGAUAACAGCUGCUCCCCCGGAACCUGCUGUGGAGUCCAGAGAUGCGAUGUUGCUGAGAAUCACCCCUUUUGUUGAGGGAGCUGGACUGGACCCAGAUACCUCUGGAAGUCACGUGAAGUAGAGUAAGCCGGUCAUGGAAAGUCCACUUGCAGAAGGGAGGUGGAAUUUUGGCCUGGGUGCCGGGACUUUCCUGUUGUUCACGUGUUGUUCACGUGUUGUUCAUCUCUACAACUGCUAAGUGGUCGAGAAAGGCUGUGUUGAGUGGUCUUGCUUUUCCUGUGCCUGCGCGGGGAGGCGCGUCGGUGUCAGUCACACUGGCUAAUACUGUCUCCCCAACACCGCCUCAGCACAGGCCAAGUGAGGCCUGAACUGCAUCUUCAAGUCCAGAGAGCGGAACCAAGCCAUACUCAGUUUAGCUCUUUUAGACAACUAAGGGGAACUUGUGCAAAGAUUCUUCUUGUGAGGAGGACAUGUAUCGUGCUGCGGAUGAAAUAGAAAAGGAGAAAGAAUUACUUAUACAUGAAAGAGGGUCAUCAGAACUCCGAGUAAGUGUAGCUCCUGAAGUGGAUAUCAUGGACUACUGCAAAAAAGAGUGGAGGGGAAAUACGCAGAAGGCAACAUGUAUGAAAAAGGGCUAUGAGGAGGUGUCUCAGAAGUUCACCUCCAUCAGGCGAGUCCGUGGAGACAAUUACUGCGCACUGAGGGCCACGCUGUUCCAGGCCAUGAGCCAGCCGACCGCGCCGCCCUCCUGGCUGCAGGACCCGGAGCUCACGCUGUUACCAGAGAAACUCAUAAGCAAAUACAGCUGGAUCAAGCAGUGGAAACUUGGACUGAAGUUGGAGGGGAAGAGCGAUGACCUGGUUGAUAAAAUUAAGGAAUCCCUCACUCUGCUAAGGAAGAAGUGGGCAGGCUUGGCGGAAAUGAGAACUGCCGAAGCGAGGCAGACAGCUUGCGAUGAACUGUUCACAAAUGAAGAAGAGGAAUACAGCCUCUAUGAAGCUGUAAAGUUUCUCAUGCUAAACAGAGCCAUUGAACUAUAUGAUGAUAAAGAGAAGGGGAAGGAAGUGCCCUUUUUCUCUGUGCUUCUGUUUGCUCGGGACACAUCAAACGACCCUGGCCAGCUGCUGAGGAACCACCUAAACCAGGUGGGACACACUGGUGGCCUUGAACAGGUCGAGAUGUUCCUUCUUGCCUAUGCGGUGCGCCACACCAUCCAGGUGUACCGGCUCUCCAAGUACAGCACUGAAGAGUUCGUCACCGUCUACCCCACCGAGCCCCCGCCAGACUGGCCCGUGGUGACCCUGAUCGCCGAGGACGAUCGGCACUACAACAUCCCCGUCAGGGUGUGUGAGGAGACGAGCCUGUGACAGCCGCCGGGGAGGCCGCCACGCGCCGGGGCUGCUCCUGGGCUCAGGCCCUCGCAUCUCCUCGCAUGACCUACGAGAACCCUCGGGCCCUGCGUGCUCAGCUGGAUGGGAAUGUUCUGAAGACUUGCCUUGGACAAUAAGAAGGAACCAAGUUUUCCCCUCAUCUGUGAUGCAGUGUGUCCUGGGGGCUUCCGCGCACACCUGCCGGCAUUUGCAGACUACAUCUUUUUCCUAAACGGGUACUGUUAUGUCGGAGGACACUCGUGGCGAGCGGUGUGCCUCUGUGUCUCAGAUCACGCUCUGAUAGUAAACUGGCUUUCAGUUUUGUUUUUAUUUGUAAGACAGUAGUUUCUUUUGUUUUCGCAGCAGUGGGUCUCUGGUGCCCUCCCGUGCCUUGGGCUUCCUGGCAUGAUUCCUGGCAUGGAGGCUAUUGGCGGCACAGUCCUAGCUACCUACCCCUCAUAGUCUGCCCGACAGUGGUUUGGGUUUGCAUCUAAGUACAGCUGUUAUGAGCAGAUUGUCUAAUUAAGAAUUGGGCCCCAAGGUGAAAGGCUGGAGAAGGAGCUGCAGGAAGGGGCGGUGGCUCCCGGUAACCCUUGCUCUUCCAGAAUGCGGUGGCGCCCCGGGUCACGGACACCCCGCCUCUGGAGCUGAGUGCGGGGAUUCGCUGUCUGCCGGUGAGUGCUCCAGCAGCUGCGCUCUGGUGUCAGGAACUAACCGUCAUUCUCCGGUCCAUGGACCCACCGUUUUAGAGUCACAACAGAAUGUAGGAGCUGCCCGUGUUUAGAGGAGGAAGUUAAAGGCAGAUUGCCUUUCCCACUGAGAGAGGAUGAACCGAAUCCAGCCUUCCUGUGACUGCUUUUGAGGGCACGUCUAUGGCUAAAUUCACGCAACUUACCUGCCGCCAGGACACGGGUGACAGCAGGGUGUGUCAGGCGUUCCCUAAGCCAGCGGCAGCAGGAGCACGCGCGGAAACUAGUGCAGGGGUACGACUGGGCCUGGACCUUCGUGGAGGCCUGGGCUGCGGACGCUGGUGGUAGCGAUCAGCCAGCGACACCUGACUUGGCUCCAUUUGUGGAGCUGGUGCUGCCCUCAAGUGCUGAGCUUUAUUUCCUAGUAAUUAGCAUCUUUAUUCAGGCCACUUUAAUAUAGUUUAUAAGCUACCUAAUCUGUAUUAGGGGGUGGGGGAAACCUUUUUUAUUAAAAUGUAAGUUUUACUUUCACCUAAAAAUUAAAAAUUCUUACUUGCGACAACUCAGAAGACACAAACAACUAUGCAGACUGUUAAACGCCAGUGUUUCCCCACACCCGGACAGCGACAGUCCCCACAUGUGGUAGAUGUUAUUCAUUUGAGUGUUUGAUCAAAAUUUAUGCUCUGAAUGUGUGAUUCGUUGAAGAGGCUUUGUGUUUUUCACCGUGACGUGCAAGGGUGCCUGGAGUAAGAUGGUUCCUGGGAGCCGAGUAAAGUUAUAAGAAUGAUUUCUUAUAACUUUGGCUUUGAUGCUUCGAUGCAGUAUUUUUUUGCUGUGAUGGGAGAUGCUUACCAUUCUUGAAUAUUUUUUAAAACGCAACUUCAAACAUUUGGAUUGUAGUCGGGAUCCGUGUCCCCGGGGGUGCGUGGGCUGACCGCUGGCCCUGUCCAUUGUUGAAUUUAAUAACUCAAGACUCACGGUCAGCUGUCUCUGCACUUGGACAUUGAUCUAGACUCCUGGGCAACUUGACUGUUUACAUUUCAUACUUUUUAAAUUGUUCUAUGUAUGGUAUUGUGAGAAUGUGAGCAGAAAUCGUCUUAACCAUCAUACUGAUAAAAAUGCAAAAAGGAUGUGUUUAUUUGAAGUUGCUUUCUUAGACCUUAUUAGAUUCCGCUCUCAGACUGUUUUCCAGGCUUAGCAGGAUCACAGCGUCAGAGAGGCCAAGCUGUCAAACAGCGCUUCUGAAGGUCAGAAUGAUUCACCACCUUUAGAAAUAACAUUCCCUGUUUCAACAUGCACUUGCGGUUGCUCAGAGUCUUCAUUCCAUUUCUCAUUCUGGUCUUGGGCUGGGCAGUGACAUCAACCCGAUAAAGCUGAAUGGAGACCAGAGGGACUCAGGGGAUCGCCUACUUAGAGGAAGCGCUAAGAUGAGAACGUGCUGGAGGAGAGAGAAGGUGGGAACUGCAUUGAGCUUACCCUCCAGCCCAGAGCCAACUGCAAGAGUUCAGAGCUUUCGGACUCUGUGGUCUUGGCAGGAAGAUAGUCUCACUCUGAGCACACGGGAGCUAUUUAAGGUACAGUGGAACCUAAAAAAAACAUUAAUGUUAAGUGCCCAAAACCCCCAACAAAACCUACGAGAAUUCCCCUGUCACCAGUUCCAGGGAAUUAACACUUCCAUCAAAACUCAUUUUUCUGGUUCCCCUCUUUAGCAGCCAAGCCACGUCUGCCCAAGCAGCCUGCGGGAGUGGCACUCAGACUCAGGACAGCGAGGGGUCAGCCGGGGACAGAGGCCCAGCGUGUGCCCUUGAACUUGGGAUCCAGGCGACGAGUGAUUUGCUUGGAAAUGUCGCAGCUCUCAUGCUUGGAAUUUGCCUCGCUACAAACGGCUUAAAAAGCCAGCAACAGGCCUCACCCCUUUCUUUAUCAAGCCUUUCACGCUUGUGUUCAGUUAUAUAUUCACAUGCUGUCUGUGAAGUUGUCCUUGGGUUAAGGAAAAUAGAUGUUGCUUUUGCAUCCAGUCAUUCUUUUUCUUUCCAAUUAGAAGAUUCAGGUAGAAGAUUCUCAGGCCACAGGACUUUUAACACCUCUAUUGGAUGUAACAACAGUUGUGAGUUUUUAUUGAUACCUGCUUUUUUUUUAAAGAAGCUGUUAUUCCUCUUACCCAUGGUGCUAUUUUACCCCCAAAUUUGUUGACUUCUCAGAGCUCCUCCCAGAUAAUGACUGAAUUGCUGUGUCACUGUUAAUGCCCGCACACACGUCUGCCAUCAUGACCGCGCGGGGACUGACUUCCUGGUUGUGUCUCCUUCUGAAGUUAAAAUACAGUUUGAUCAUUUUCCUCUCUUUUUCUUAAGCAAUACUUGGCAGGUUAUUCCCCUUUGAAAGCCAGAAAGUAAUUUCAAAAGUGUAAACCUUUGGGGGGAUCUCACUUAUAGGCCUGCAUAAAAAUAAAUGCCUUAAAAAAAGAUCUGUGACUUUAGAAAGCAAUAAAAAGGAGGACUCACUUUACUGUCUGAAGUGAAUCUGGAACGUGUGUGAAAGGCAUAGCAUCCCCAGUGGCUUAGCCGAGCCGAGCACAAUGUCAAGUCAUUUGAAAACAGCCCAGGGAGCUCGAAGACAUGAACCAAAGAAGGAACUGACUGUAGAUGAAAAAUGGCACUUAAAAGCCCAACACCCAGUGCCUGGCAGGUGUCCCGGGCUUCAGUUAUGAAAGGAUAAAAAUGUGAAUGAGCGCAAGGACUUGUGUCAAUGCGUCUGCGAAUUCCUUUUUCUUACGACUUACUCUGUGUAAGAGAAGUCCACUGUUCUGCGCUUCACUCUUGGAGAGCUUCUCUUCUCUCCUGAGAGGGAGGCCAGGGAGCCAGUGCUGGGUUGGGUGGUGAAUGAAGACACUGUCCAUGCUUGUGACAUCCUGGUGAUGACUUGGAGCCACCAAAAGCACAAAACUAAGCUGAUUUGACUGCCCACCGGCCCUGGUGGCAGCAGCCUCGGGUGAGGUGGGCUCGGCCCUGAGGGGGGUGUGCGCUGGUCUGCAGUCACACCGUGGCUUCCUAUGCCCGGGGCCCUCAGUGUGGAGGGCCCUGCAGCAUUUGGGAGGAUGGCGGAGUGCUGUCCUCAUUUCCACGGUGAAUUAAAAUGUACUGGGAAUGGUGGAAAGGAUCAGUAGGUGUAAUUAAACUACACGGUGGCCGCGGAGUCUGGAUAGAACGGCUGCGUCGUCAAUACGGAACGGCAUGUCCAUAAACCGCUCUGACUGUUCGAGGCCUUUGCCCACCGGAUGUUGAAAUAUUUUGAGUGCUCGUUAAUGCCGGGACUGUUCACAGGGGAGAACCCCGAGGGAGUUUGGUCUUAGUUUUGGUUUCUCGGAUGCAAGUCUGGGUUAGGAACAGAAUUGCCUAAACCUGGGAACACAAGGCAAGCACGUGGGCUCGCAGUAACCAGUCACAGCGGCCAUGUGCCUUGUCCCCCGGGGGGUCCAGCUUAAUUAGGAACUUCACAACAGCUUUUUGUAUUCGUUGAGAAGGGCCUCGCUCUGCAUCCACACAAACAGCACUGCGGUUGGGCACUCCUUCCGGGAGCGGCGCGGCCCACGGGAACCUGGGUGGUUUCCGAGUGUUCUGUGCGGCAACAGCCAAGUGAGUGCGUUGAAUGAACUGUGCUCUCGUUGCCUGGAUUUCAUAAAAGCGCUUGGGGUUACCUGCGUCGCGGCAGCUCCUGACUUCUGGAUUAUGGGUUUGGAGAGAAUCCCAACCGCCCCUCUGCCGAGGACGGCCAUGUGUCCGUCCCCAGGCUCUGAUGGGAAGGCCAGGCCUGCUCGCCACAGUCUCCUCUGUUUACUCGGUCAAGUGUUGGCAUCUGUCAACUACCACCUGUUCCAAACAGCGCCCCAGAGGCCUGGCUGCUUGGCGGCCUGCUUCCCACCUGCAGCCGUGGCUGAACGCCUGGCUCGUGGGGUGAGACUCCUCCCCCGUGACCUGUUGGGUCUUGUUUUUAGUGUCGGAGGCCAAACUGACUUGGGGCUUUGCUGUUGAUCCUCUUGAGCAAACCAGGGUGCUAAGGAUUGUAACAAUGAACUAAAAAUAAACGUAGAAAAUGAAAACUCGAAGCCUGCCGUGUCGCCAUGGUUGAAUGCCUCCCUCGGAGGACUUUGGUAGAGUGGGGUCCAGUGCCUUCUCUCCCCAGCAUCCCCCGACACACCUGCGGGGCACAACGCCUGGGAGUCAGACGGCCAUCGUGGGAAGCUCAUCACGGGGGAAGACUGUGCUUUGCAAGGUGUUCUUGGAGGUGGAGAAUGAAGUCUGACUUCCUGCCAGCCGAGGCAGUGAGUCGGGAGUCUGCGGGAACCCCGGGCUCGGGGGCUGGGCAGCCAAACGGCCUUUUCUCUAAUGAACAGCCACAAAUGUCAGGUGUAAACACACUUUCUCCCUCCACUUGAGGUUUGGUGCUCAGUUCCAUAGGCACGACUCUGUACCUCCCCUACUCCGAGACGUGUCAGAAAAAUGGAUCCAGGCUGAGGGCCCCUCUGGAAGUUCUUAGGAUUAUUUUUACAACCAUCAAA